AUGGAGGUAGUUACAAAAGGAAGAGAAUUUGAAUACACCUCAACUCUUCACUUGGUGAACAGCAUUGAUCUUUCAUGCAAUCAUCUAUCAGGAAAGAUUCCAGAUGGGAUACCAAGGCUAGUGGGAUUGGGUACUUUGAACUUAUCAAUGAAUCAUUUGACAGGAAAGAUCACAGAGAAGAUUGGGGAUUUGCAAAAUCUAGAAACACUUGACCUCUCCAGAAACCAACUUUGUGGUGAGAUUCCUCCAACCAUAUCUUCUUUAACUUUCUUGAGCCACUUGAACCUCUCACAUAACAAUUUAUCUGGGAAAAUUCCAUUAAGUACCCAGAUCCAGACCAUCAUUGAUUGUGAUGCAUCAUCAUCCAUUUAUUCUGGGAAUUCCGGACUUUGUGGGUGGCCCCUACCUAAUAAUUGCUCAGGCACCAACAUAUCUCCUCCAGCAUAUGAUGAUGGCAAAGUUGAUGGAGAUCAUCAAAAUGAAGAAUGGAUGGAUAUGCUAUGGUUUUACAUCGGCGGCGUUAUGGGCUUCAUUGUGGGAUUUUGGGCUGUUUGGGGCACUUUAAUUUUCAAGAAAUCUUGGAGGAUUGCUUACUUUCGAUUUCUGUCAUAUUAUAUUGAAUGA